UACAUUUCAAGAUUCACCUUUCUUUAUUACUUUGCAAAGAGGAAAUGUGAGACUCUUGUCUUUCUACUAUUUCUACAUUUAUAUUCUUUUUUCACUUUUUUCACUAGUGCACGAAGUUUGUCUUCAACCACCAUACAAUUUGAUGAGAUUGAUUGACUCAGCAAAAAAAAUUGCUUGCGGGUUGAAAGCAACAUAUUAUUCUUUGUAGAGCAACUUGGAUAAAGCGUUUCACUUCUGUUUCACGUUUGACUCGUCUCUUGUGCAAAUGAGCAUUUUUGGCAUUGAUAUUUCCGUUUGUUAUACACAAAACGUUGAGUCGUCUUUGAUUCUCGUUAGAAAUAUCCAAAAAGAAGCCUCCACCAGUGUGCCCAUAAGGUUAUAUUUGGCAAGAGUCUUAUGCAUAGUGUCUAACGCGAGUAACUUUUUUACAUUGACUCACUUAUUCAACGAGCUGAUGGAUGAGAUUGGAACAAGAGUAGGAGUCAACUGGAGCUGAACAAAUCGGUACUUGAAUUUGCAGAGCUUUUAAAAGUUUUACCUUUCUUUGUAUUGGAAGAGAUAAAAGGGUUCUUGGACCUAUCUAGGUCCUAAAGCAGCUUUGUAGUUUUUAUAGUUUGCUUUCUUAUAUUUUCAUGGUUUGUGGUUCUUACAAAGUUUAUCGUAAAGGAGGAUGCAGCAAAAGACUUUAAACCUAAACAGUCACGUUUACCUUCAAAAACACCUCAACUAUAUAGUCGACUACUUAGGAGAGAGAAUUCAACUAUAUUUCAAAUGCUAUGAUGAGAAACGAGAAGAGAGUCGAUAUGACGGACUCAAUUUGACUGAAUUGAAUUUUUUGAAGAUAAGUUUUCUCUUGACAGAAUCCACAGUAUCAAGUAUCACAACUGUCUGUAAGUAUUUUCAAAGAAAGAGACCGAAUUCUUUGACUCUAUUACAGAAAUUGGGUAUGGAUGAUACACUUGUAUGAGUCAACGUUUUUUUGACAUUAGAAACAGACAACGUUUCUGAGUUCUGAUAAAACCAUGCGAUAUUUU